GUGACUCAUUGUGUCUGUGGCGAGGUGUUGGGAGGGCCUAGGUCGGUGUGCAGUGCCCUUCGGCCGGGUUGAACCCCGAGUCAGCCGUGCUUGGUCGCCCGGCGUCCCCAGGCCGCUCCGGAGACUCACGGAAUAGUGCAGAAACCAAUAGAAGACAGUUGCUAGGACAGAAACUGCACCCUGACCCUGUUGGACCCCACCAGUUCACUGAGCCUGAAUGAUGACUGCUGAGUCAAGGGAAGCCACGGGUCUGUCUCCACAGGCUGCACAGGAGAAAGAUGGUAUAGUCAUUGUGAAGGUAGAGGAAGAAGAUGAGGAAGACCACGUGUGGGGACAGGACUCCAGCCGGCAGGAGACGCCACCACCGGACCCAGAGGUAUUCCGCCAACGGUUCAGGCGCUUCUGUUACCAGAACACUUUUGGGCCUCGAGAAGCUCUGAAUCGACUGAAGGAACUUUGUCAUCAAUGGCUUCGACCCGAAGUCAACACCAAGGAACAGAUCUUGGAGCUGUUGGUACUGGAGCAGUUCCUGUCCAUCCUGCCCAAAGAGCUGCAAGUCUGGCUGCAGGAGUACCGGCCUGACAGUGGGGAAGAGGCUGUGACGCUUCUAGAAGAUUUGGAACUUGAUCUGUCUGGACAACAGGUUCCAGGACAAGUUCAUGGGCCUGAGAUGCUUGCCAGGGGUGUGGUGCCUUUGGAUCCAGUUCAGGAGUCCUCAAGCUUUGACCAUCACAAAGCUGCCCAGUCUCGUUUCAAGCAUUCAUCUAGGAAGCCUCGUCUCUUAUCAUCCCGAGCUCUCCCUGCCACCCACGUUCCUGCCCCUCAUCAUGAGGGGAAUCCCAGAGACCAGGCGAUGGCAUCUGCACUAUUGACCGCAGAUUCCCAGGCAAUGGUGAAGAUCGAGGACAUGGCCGUGUCCCUCAUCCUGGAGGAAUGGGGAUGUCAGAACCUGGCUCGGAGGAAUCUGAAUAGGGACAGCAGGCAGAUGAAUUUGGGGAAUGUGUUUUCCCAGGGUUCUGAGAACAGGAAUGGGAAUGAGUCAACCUCAAAGGCUGAAGUCAAAGAAGAUUCCACCUCACAUGGGGAGAUUGCAGGAAGAUUCCAGAAGGAAUUUGGAGAGAAGCGGGAACAGCAGGGCAGAGUAAUCGAAAGGCAACAGAAAAAUCCUGAAGAGAAAACUGGCAAAGAGAAGAAAGAGCCUGGGCCACCUACAGCCAAGGAAAAAAAGCCCACCACAGGAGAGAGGGGCCCAAGGGAGAAGGGUAAAGGUUUGGGAAGAAGCUUCAGCCUGAGUGCAAACUUUAAUAAUACCACAGAAGAGGUUCCAUCGGGAGCAAAGACUCAUAGAUGUGAUGAGUGUGGGAAAUGUUUCACAAGAAGCUCAAGCCUUAUCCGCCAUAAAAUUAUCCACACUGGAGAGAAACCCUAUGAAUGUAAUGAGUGUGGCAAAGCCUUCAGUCUCAAUUCAAACCUUGUCCUUCAUCAGCGAAUCCACACGGGAGAGAAACCUCAUGAAUGUAGUGAGUGUGGCAAAGCCUUCAGUCAUAGCUCGAAUCUCAUCCUGCACCAGCGCAUUCACUCGGGAGAGAAGCCCUACGAAUGUAACGAGUGUGGCAAAGCCUUCAGCCAGAGCUCAGACCUCACGAAGCACCAGAGAAUCCAUACAGGGGAGAAGCCCUAUGAAUGUAGUGAAUGUGGAAAAGCUUUCAACCGAAACUCAUAUCUUAUUUUGCAUCGGAGAAUUCACACCAGAGAAAAGCCCUACAAGUGCACUAAGUGUGGCAAGGCCUUCACCCGGAGCUCAACCCUCACACUGCACCAUAGAAUCCAUGCCAGAGAAAGAGCGUCAGAAUACAGCCCAGCCUCUCUGGAUGCCUUUGGAGCAUUCCUGAAAAGUUGUGUGUAAAGCAGGAGUGAGUCAUCAAGCCAUUUCCCCCCUUUUGUUUCUGGAAUUAUGUCAGACCUAUGUGCCCAUCGAGGGAAAAGUAAUAGCACCAUCAGAUUGUUUGAGAAGUCACACUUCAGGAUCCCUAAGAGUUACAUUACCGUGUCCUGCCUUCAGGUGGUCUGUAGGCAUGUAAUUCUUAAAGUCCUUGCAAGAGAAAGCUGGUCAUGUAGAUAUUCUUCCACUCAAGAUAGAAGCACACACAGUAAAACGUCAAGCUUUCUAAUAAUGGGUAUACCUUUAAGGUUGCUUCCCAGCAACCACACCAUGUAGUUAAUGAGUCAAGAUUAGCUCUGUGAAUAAUAUACUGAAGUUAAGCCACUUGCUGCAAACAAACCCUACUUAGACAACCUGUAUUUCUCAAUGAAGAGAGAUAGUUAAGUACAAAAACUACAUUGGGACAUGCUGCUCGAGCAAGUUAUAUAUCCAGAAGGUUGUGUAUCUGAUCACUGGUAGCCUGCCAAAGCUAUAGAAAUCUAGGACUGUGCUGGUCAGAAUCAAACCAAAGAUUUCUAUCUCUUUCUGAAAGAGGGCAUAUGCACCAGUUUAUAGUUCCAAGGACUGUAACAAAUAUGGAUGAGCCUGCCCUCAUCAGUGACAUCAGUCCUACUGAAAUAGUAACAAUUCAGGAUGUUUCUCUGCCUCUUCAAUAUCCCUUAAAGCACUCUAGCACUCCUGAAUGAGCUCUCCACAAGUUAGCACUUGAUUGUAUAUUAUGUUUUCAUCCUUCAUCAUUCAGUGUUGGAAGCUUUUAUCAAUCACCACCCCCAAAAAAGAUGCUUCAGUUGUCAAGAAAUAGAGUUAUGUUCCUGACAGCACAGCACUGGAUGUAGUAGUAAACACACUCAAGGCACUCCUUAUGGCGGACUUCUAACAGAAUUAUCAUAUUUGUGAUAGAGUCUGUGAAUCAUGUGAGUACCUGAACUAUGGUACCUUCAGACCUAUAGGCCAUGCUAUAACGUAUUCUGAGGUCAAUGUUAUUUUUGUCCUAAAUAUAAAAGCUUGGUUAGUUACCUGCAGAGACUGCAAUAUGGAUCAGUAAGUAAAUACCACAGAAUGUCAGAAGUGAUGCUUGUCAUGCACUUAGAGAAGAAAACUAUGAACACUAACUAUAAAGUUUUUGUUUGUGUGACAUCAUUCCACAGCAAAGCCCUUGUUCUUGGCCAGAGUUCUUUUCAGUUAGCUGCUGAAUAGUGGUGUUUUGAGCACUUGCUGAGUUGUUCAAAACUUAGCUAAUGCUGUUCAAAAGAUGUGAUGGGUUUUUGUUGUUGUUCUUUUGUUUGAUUUUUUUUUUGUUGGGUUUUUAAAAUUUGUUUGUUUUGUUUAUUUCUCAGAGAAAGGGAAAGUUAAAGGGAGCAUUUUUCCCCCACGUUUAACCAGAAACUUGCAGAAGCAUCUGUCAUCAUUAGCCGGCAGUAACUGAAGAUGUCCUGUUGCGCUGAGUUCACCAUCGCACUGGUGUGGUUGGUUGUGCCAGUGUAUUUAAUAACACACAGUGUCUUUCCUAGUUUUCAAGAAAGACUAAAGUGAGGAAGUGAGGUUAGGGGACUUGAGCCUUUCCUGUCAUCUCUGCAGGUGGCUUGCCAGAAGCUCUUGAUGGAGACAUGACACGUACAGGAGAACCCAAGUAUCAAACUAUGCAGGUACUGGGGACUUGAACAGACAGCUUUAUUCAAGAAAGCAUUGAGAUAGUAUGGACAGCCCUACAGAGCCCUAGAAACAUAAGCUAAAGACAAACUUGAAGACUUGACAUGGAUACCCCACAUAUGGUUUGAGAUUUUCCCCUCAAGAAACAACUAAAAUCAUCUCGCACCAGUUGUUCGCUGGCCAGGAGCAAAAGUUGGUGAGAGACAGUAGCAGCAGGUCUCAUUAGGUUGGCAUCUGUGGCCUCUGCUCCAGGUCAAACUAGAAUCCUACAAGCAAUCACUGGUCCCCGUUUGACUUUAUUUCUUAGACCAAUCAUACAUCUCUGGUGGCAUCUGAGCUGUUUGCUUAGUGCUGCCUGUGAGUAUUCUAUCCACCAGCUGAAAAUCAGCAGAGCUACUCUGAAGAUUGCACCUGACUCACUUUCUGGAGUGAGGUGGAGGUAGAGAGAUGCUUUAAGGUUCUUCCUAAAGGACUGAGUCAUAGUGAUGGUAGACUUUUGUGUGAGAUCUCUGGCCUGCUUUAAAAAAAAAAAAAAAAAAAAAAAAAAGCCACUGAAAUAAGGUACAGGACUCCAGGAGCACAUCCAGAUACUGACUUUGAUCCCAAGAAAGGACUUUGGUCAUUUCCCUGUUGGCUGCUUAUAUACACAGACAAUUAACCACAUGCUGACAUACUUCAGCCAUUACUCUUUGUUCUUAAGUGAAAUUAAGACAGACCUGUGUUCCCAUCCCUCAUUUGAUUCCCAUUUUAUUGGGACAUCUUACUAUUAGUCACUGGGAUGGCUUCAGAUCUUCUACAGAUGCAGUCCUGGAGGCAGCAACCAUCUGAAGAUAUAUUUUACUUAGAAAUCAGACUAUAGGUGGUUAUCCAAAUUUCUUAGAUGCUCAGCAAUGUCACUGCAUCGUGGUCAAACAUGGUGACAUGUUGGUUAGUGCUCAGGCUAAUGAAUGGCCUGAGUGCUUUCUAGUUAACCAUCAGCAUGCCAGUUGACAUGAUGGAACUUUUAAGACUUUCUAAAUGUACUUUAUGACAAAAGUCAGAUUCUUCAAGUUGUGAACUUUCUACUUCAGCCUGGCAGGCAAGGCAAGCAUAGAUGUGAGACAACCUUAUAUGUAAAGCACUUACUAUUAAAGGCUUAGACGUGAGACUGUUAAAUGUGUGUAGAGAGACUGACAUGUUGAAUAUGUGGGGCAGUCCAUGCCUUACAUACAUCAGAGAAUUGAUUCCAGAAUGCGACCUAGUCUGAGUGUGACACCUGGCAAAGGUUACACUGUAAAUAAACUCUUUAUGUGAGGUCAGCUUCAUAGUACUCAUUGCUUUGGACAGGAAAUCUGGUCUGUUGCAGUCAUGCAAUAAGUUCCAGAAACUGCCAGGAGAGCUCAAUCUUAACUCCAGAGGAUCCACAGGAGAACCCAAGUGUGGGGAAUGCUAAAGAAACAGCAAAAACGUACAUCUUCUCACAAACCGUAAACAUUCAGUACCUCGAUGUAUUUUGUAGGCCAUAACGUCAGUGUGUCUUUGUUUCUCACCCCUCCUGUCAUUCUUUAUAUUCCUCAUAAACGUGUUCCAGUCCAUUGAGCAGAACCCAUUACCAGGGAAGGCGGGGAGAAAGUGAAGUUUUGGAUUAAUUAAGAAACUGUGGUUAUAAACAUGAUUAGGUCUCAGAACUAGGGAUGUGGAGGAAACUUCUUAGGUUGGUGUUUGUUGAACUGAGAAGUCUGUGAAAAGAGCUCAUUAGAACACUAAAGUGGAACUGUACAUGCCCCUUCCAAGCUGCCUGGUCUCUGUCACUCAAAGGGAAUGGGCGGGCUCUGGCUUGGAGGUGGACUGAGGGUCUUCUCCAUUGUUAAUAUAUUUGGGGAAAUACAUAAUCAACAGAGGCUAGGAAGUAUACCAGAAAGGCUAGUCUGCCCAGAUUCUGUGAACCGUGGUGCCAUAAUUCUGUUUUCCCAAUCAUAAAUCCUCUGUGCUUAGACAAGUAAGGACUCUGUCCACAGGAAGGGCUACUUUCCAGGAAACACAAGUGAGUCUUACAGGGAAGAGGAGCUAUCUCAGAGUCUGUAAAGCAUUGCAAGAUAUGCUUUUGCUUUCCUGCAAGGUCUUCUCCUUGUUCCCUAAUCUCUGGUAUAUUUGUGCUUAAGAGACAGUGUUUGAAAAUUCAUAGCUGCGAAUAUUUGUUGAUUUAAGAUUUUAUCUUAGAAUUUCCAGCUUUAUUUCCAGCAGGCAAUGCUGACCUGCUUAUCAAAAGGGAACUUAACCAGGCUCAUCUUGCCAUCCUCAUGGAAGACUCCUUUUGUCACUGCAGUGACAUUGCUAAGACACUCAAGACAGCAAGCUUGCCACAAGAGCCAUUUUCUGUGUCCCACUAUGAGCAACUCUCAGAAGUCUGAAGAAGGACUAGGGCUGUGGUUCCCCCAGCACUUCAUGGAAAGGAUACAGUGGCACAUGCCUGUAAUCUCAGCACUGGGGAAGUAGAGGCAAGAAGAUUGGGAAUUCAUCCUCUGUGACAUAGCAGAUUUGAGACCAGCCUGAACUGAAGUGAUCCUAUCAAAAACACCCCCCCCCCAUAACUAUGUAUGUGUGUAUGUGUAAGGGAUCCAGGCAUGGUGGUACAUUCCUUUAAUCCCAGCACUUAGGAAGCUGAAACGGAGAUCACAAGUUCACAGCCAGCCUGUCUCCAAAGAAAUAGGAAUGUGCAGUUAUUUCCCAUUAGGGAAACAAAGGCCUGUGUAUGAAAUAUAGAACCAGAGAGGCAAACUUAAAUGAUACAAAUAGAUCACUUCAUAGAAGUCAGAGUAGAUUUUUAUUUCAAUUACUACUGGAAGCAAUGAGCAUUGUUGGACAAGUUUUCCUAACAUAGAUCCAGGCUUUGCUCUUAGUAUGGAAACACUACUGUUAGUUUUGCUAUUCAUAUUUUUUUAUGUCUGAAAAUACCUGUCUUAAAACAAACUUGAAGUUAUAGGUAAGGUAAGCCAUCACCAGUACUGCAGGUCAAACAUAAGUUUGGGAAAUUGUUUUGAUAUCCCAUAAUACUAAUGUUCUAGUAGUUUUUUAUUACCUGGUUUUGUUUCCUAGUUGAUACCCCCAAUCCCAUGUUUCCCUAUAAUAUUCUAUAUUCUAAACAGCAAAAUGACAAGUGAAGUUUACUCAGCUCUAAGCUGUGGUUCCAAAUGAAAAAAGUCACAGUCUGCUGUGAAAAAAGUCACAGUCUGCUGUGAAAAAAGUCACAGUCUGCUGUGAAAUUAAGAGUUGAUUUCUUUGUUUAAUCUGGGAGGUUGUGAUAAAACCCACUUACAAAAAGUGACUCAAAUUACUUGAGCAUUAGCCAAAUUAAUUGAUCCUUGAAAUGGUCUCUGUUCACAAGCACUCUUGAGGUUUCUGAAGGACUGGAAGAGGCUGGACCAAAACUUGGAUUUCAUUCCAGUUGACACUGGGGCUGAGUCCUGUUGGUCCACAAAAGGACAACCAGCCACACUGAGUCUUAUUUACCCUGUAGUCUCCAGCAUGUUACAAGAGAAUGGCCAAGGAAGGUUUAGCAGCCUCGUGAUCUAAGAGGGUUGCUGAGGCCAGAGAAGCUUGGUUGCGGGUUGGGCGGGUGCUUGCUCACUUUCCUCUCCAUCUUAAUUGGUAACAGCUUGAAGUUUCCAGUCUGCCCUAGCUGGACUGGGGAUGUGAGACUUACCUGGAAUCCCUCAGUGAGGGGUGUGGCUCACUUAAGAGCAUUUACAUAGAGUACCUCAUGAAUGUGAGUGACCCCAGGACGUGGUGCAGCUCUUGCCUAGAACGCUCUGGUGAGGGGUUGGAGUGUGCCUAAGCAGUAGAUAGAGCAUUUGUAGACUACCCUACUAGUGGGUGGCUAUGCUGUGUCUCAGGAGUGGAGAGCGAUCGCCUAGCAUAUGCAAGUCCCUUGGGUGUAAUCUUCUGCACUGCCCCCACCCAAAAAGAGUUCUUACGUUCUCACAGGAGGAAUAUUGUGAUUAAACAGAAAAAAAAAAUGUCCUAAGAAUGCGAGCGUUAAGGGUUAGGGUGGUUGUGCAAGCAAAAUUUUAAGUUGAGUGUAUUUUUAUAAACUUUCAGUUAAGGAUUAUUACAACCAGGUCAACAUGAUUAGCCUAAAUUUAUAGAGAGAGUUAACUCAGGCACUGUCUUUUUGUCCAUAGGCUAUAGAUAAACCAUCCUGUUUCGUCUAUUCCCGGCAUAUAUUAGAAUAAAUUAGACCCAAAGAAGAAACUUUGUAUGCCAGCAGGAUUAAAAUCAUUGCUGUUAAAAAGUGGAUCUUUGAUUUGACCAGCUUCUGAAGAGUCCAGAUGCUUAGUAGAUGUUCAAUAAAUAAUUUUAAAGUGGAAUUUGUAUUAAAUCCUCAUUCGUUUUUCUACAAAGGUUCC